AUUUUCACACCUUCGUUCCUGCUAUACGUGUCUGAAAAGUUUUAUCUCCUGUGUCAAGAUGGCUGUUAAAGUUACCAUCGCCCUCCUCCUGCUCCUCAACGCCUGCGUGGCCAUCCAAGCCUCCCUCGAAACCGGAGACGAAGAAGCGUACGUCGAGAACGCCCUUCGCUUCGACGACGACGUGGGCGAAGAAGGAGCUAAGCGCGAGGGGCGUCUCUUCUUCACCGCCGGCUUGGACAACAACACCCAAGUCAACAUCAAUAUCCAGGCGGUGUUGGUGACUAUCGCUUAUCUCGUGGGCAUCGGGUUGCUCAUCGCCCUUAUCGUCGUGGUGGCUACCGGGGGCGGCUCGGCGUCCUGGGGAUCCUGGUUCGACAGGAUUAUGAAGAGCCAGGGUUAUGUGUACCAGCCUACCUACAACCAGGACUAUUACUAUCCAGACAGUAGCUACGCAGCAUACCGGGCUUUCGAGGAGGUACCACAAAAAUAUGGUAUCUAUGAAGAGGAAGAUCAGUCUCAAGAGUGAAGAAAAGGGAAGUUCUUUGGGGAAAUUAUGU